GUGCGGAGUGUUUUUGUUUUGGGUUGAAGUUGAGGCCGGAGGAGACGCGGCGGCGGCGGCGGGCGGAGGCCGCGGAGCCCCGGUACCCCCUGCCCUCCUCCCUCCGCCGGCCUUCCUCCCGCCCCCCCACCUCCUCCUCCUCCUCCUCCUCUUCCUCCUCCUUCCCCCCCCCCCGGCCUCGCCAUGCGCAGGGAGAUGAACGGGGUCACUAAGAGCCGCUUUGAGAUGUUCUCAAACAAUGAUGAAGCUGUGAUCAACAAAAAACUUCCAAAAGAGCUGCUGCUUCGAAUUUUCUCUUUCCUGGAUGUGGUCACUCUGUGUCGUUGCGCUCAAGUUUCCAGGGCAUGGAAUGUUCUGGCCCUGGAUGGCAGUAACUGGCAGCGAAUUGACCUGUUUGAUUUCCAGAGGGAUAUUGAGGGCCGAGUAGUUGAGAAUAUUUCUAAAAGAUGUGGGGGUUUCUUGCGGAAGUUAAGCCUGCGUGGCUGUCUAGGAGUGGGAGACAAUGCAUUAAGGACAUUUGCACAGAACUGCAGAAAUAUUGAAGUACUGAACCUAAAUGGCUGUACCAAGAUCACAGAUGCUACGUGUACCAGCCUCAGUAAGUUCUGCUCUAAACUCAGGCACCUUGAUCUGGCUUCCUGCACUUCCAUAACCAACCUGUCUCUGAAAGCACUGAGUGAGGGAUGCCCACUGCUGGAACAGCUGAACAUCUCCUGGUGCGACCAAGUGACUAAGGAUGGCAUCCAGGCUCUGGUGAGAGGCUGUGGUGGACUCAAAGCGCUGUUUCUGAAAGGCUGCACGCAGCUUGAGGAUGAAGCUCUGAAAUACAUUGGUGCACAUUGUCCCGAAUUGGUGACUUUAAACCUUCAAACAUGCUUACAAAUAACAGAUGAUGGUCUCAUUACAAUAUGCAGAGGAUGCCACAAGUUGCAAUCCUUGUGUGCUUCAGGCUGCUCUAACAUUACAGAUGCCAUCUUGAAUGCCCUGGGACAGAACUGCCCGCGGCUCAGAAUAUUAGAAGUUGCAAGGUGUUCUCAACUAACAGAUGUGGGCUUUACCACUCUAGCUAGGAACUGCCAUGAGCUUGAAAAAAUGGACCUGGAAGAGUGUGUCCAGAUAACAGACAGUACACUAAUUCAGCUUUCCAUACACUGUCCACGGCUUCAGGUUCUGAGUUUGUCCCACUGCGAGCUGAUCACGGACGAUGGGAUCCGUCACUUGGGAAACGGCGCCUGCGCACACGACCGCUUGGAGGUGAUCGAGCUGGACAACUGCCCUCUGAUCACGGACGCCUCCCUGGAGCACCUGAAAAGCUGCCACAGCUUGGAGAGGAUAGAACUGUACGACUGCCAGCAAAUCACGCGGGCAGGGAUCAAGAGACUCAGGACCCACUUACCCAACAUUAAAGUCCACGCCUACUUCGCGCCUGUGACUCCCCCUCCUUCGGUCGGAGGCAGCAGACAACGCUUCUGCAGAUGUUGCAUCAUCCUAUGACACUGGAAGUGGUCAUCCUUGCAAACUGAGUAUUUAAUUACACUUGUAGAAUUACGGUGGACACCAGUAUCUUCAAGGAAAGCGAUACCAGUGUCGUUUGCAAGGGCCAGCGAGCCGGGCUGCGGUGCCGGGCCCCUGGAGCCACCCACACACGUACAUACACACCCCCACCUGCUCCAGCAAACUGAUGAACUCUGCAGGCUGGGAGCUGGAGCUGUGUUGGCUUUUUUCUGUAGGUGGAUUGGUAUAAUUCUGAACCAUUCCUACUGGGCAUGCUCAGAUGAAAUCAUUGCGGUAAGGAGGGGAGGUUUUUGCGAACCCAGAGCGACUCUUGCUGCUGUUGAGGUUGGAACAGUAACUGAAACCCUUUGAAAUGGGGAGAGGGGGGAGAGGGAAGGAACAUGCUUUAACCCUGCAUCCAUUGUCCAGAAGGAAAAAAAAAAAAAAAAAACAAAAAAAAACACACAACAAAAAAACCCAACAAACCUGAAAAUCCCAACAAGUUUUGUGUCCGUUUUUCAGUGAGGGAAUGAAACAGCAGCCGUUGAGACACGAUUUACUUGUGCUUCUCUACUUCCCGUUCCCUGCUGACCACCCUGAGCAUGCUCACCUUGAAGGUUCAUCUGUUUCUUCUGUGUUCUGUAGCGCCCAGCUCAGAGGCUUCCUAGGUUGUUGUGGUAUAGCUUGAGAUCUGUAACGUCAGGCUCAAUUUUUUUUUACCCUCCCCACAUCCUGCUUUUUUUUUUACAGAUUUCUAAUUCAGUAAUUUUUUUUUUUUUUUUGAGAUUUACCAACCGAAAGUUAGGAAUCAAUUUAAAUUUUAAAAAGUACUUUUUACCAUUAGAAGCCUGAGCCUGUCAUGAUUUUUAAAUAGCAAGCGAGCUGCACUCCAGGCUAGGCUCCUGUGGGCCUCUUGGCCUGUUCCUGUCAGCGAUUGGGCAUCCGCAUUUGUUCUGCAUUUCAGGUUUUAUCCCCGUGGCAAGAAAAUAACUCUUGAUACAGGGAAAAAGUUACAGUCUCUGCUCCAGCGACUGUAAGUUCCCUAUUCCUCCUGUCCUGUCCCUUGGACCCUCCAUCCUGCCCCCAAGGAAAAGCAAAGUAGAAUCUGUUUGCUUGUUGCCCUGAUCAAGAAAUAAAGACUCACUAGUGGGAGCGGGAGGAGCAGCCGGCCUGGACGUGCGCCCUCGGUUCUUGCCCGGUGUUCGCACGCCGAGGCGCGAGCGCUGGGUGACCUCCCUGACUUUUGCAUCUCCCGCAGGUAAGUCUCUUGCCCUGGAGGAGGAGCCGUCCGGACGAAGAGGGGGGGGGUUUGCUGUGCGCCAGGCCUUUCCUGCUCUCGGGGUGUUCCGAGCAGCCCGUUUUGAGGCGUUUCAGGGCAAGAUUAGCCCGGGCACCUCCCGGUUCGGCGUCGCUGGCGGCUCCGGAGUGCCCGGUGUGAAGCACGGGAGCAGGAGGGCCCACGCCAGCGGGGUUUAACGGGGCAGGACCUGGUGGAACUCCCGAGGGGUCGGCGGCAGACGAGCGGUCGCGCUCCGCCGGCACCCCGGGACGGGGCUGGGGGGGGAGCCCCCUGUUUUCGGGUUGCUUCCCCCCUGGCUGAGAGGAGCGAGUCUGUAAUCCUCGGAGCUGGCAGCAGCUGAGGGGGUGGUGCUUCACCCCCGUGCUGAAGGGUGGGGGCAGAGCGGGGUGCGGCGGGGGGGAGCGGCUGCUUUGGGGGGUUCGCGCUGAGGACAGCGCGUCGGGUCCCCCCCUCUCUGAGCUCUCGGGGCAGGCAGAGGGGUCGCCUGGUACCACCGAAGCUCCGUCCCCUUCACCUACAGCCUCAAUUUCCCCAACCCAUCUGUAUAUGCUUAGCAAAGCCCGGCAGCUGCGCAGUCUGCUGGGAGGGAGCCCGGCCCGCUGGGUUUAAAAGGAUACUGUCAAUUCCUUUCCUGUAGAUCGCUUUUAAUCCGUUAUAUUUAUUCAAAUCCCCUUUAGCGCUGUGGAUUCUCUCUCUCCCUCCUCGUCGAGCGUGUUCCCAUACUUCAUUUGCAGAGCUCCCUUCUCGGAUUUUCAGGGUGGCAGAAGAUAAUGGUGCUUCCCGUGGUGACGGACUGAGCGGGCGGGUGCGCCCGGGGCAGCACCCGGCAAUCACAGGAUUUGCCCAACUCUGGGAAGAAACACUUUGUUUAGUUUAUACCGUGGCAGGGGAGAGCUGAAAUGGAUUUGCAAGCCAGGGCGUAUGGUUGGCUGACUGAUUUCUUUGUAACAGAGCAGAGUUUUUUCAAGGGAAAACUCCAGAAUACAGAACCCAAAGCUUUUUUUUUUUUUUUUUUUUUUUUUUUCUCUCCUCCAAACAGGGUGACAGCAUUAAGGUAGCUCAAACCUACUUGACAGUGUCCUUUUAAGUCAAUUAUCCGUCUUCAAAUGGACUCUUCCUUAUGUUUGUAUUUAUAAAUACCAAUAAACACCAUUUUCCAA